AUGUUCUUGAUUGUUGUUACCCUGCAACUCAUUGCUGUGGGCCACGGUGCAUACACUGAGAUGGAGGAGGCCUUCCAGGAGUUCGUGAGAACUUACCAUAAAAAAUACGACACGGAUGAGCAGUAUCAAGUUGCAAAGGACGCUUUCGAGAAUACUAUGAACGAGAUAGAAGCCAUGAGAGCCAACAGUAAGCAAUGUGCCAGCAUCUACUGCUAA